CUCAACUCCCUUCUCCGGAAGAAGAAGACCUGAGAGCAGGUAUGUCAUUUUAGAGGUUUCACUAAGUAACUGAUGCAACAUAUAGAUUUAUCUAAGAGGAACAACCAAAAGUCAAGAAGGCACAUCUGCAAGUUUCACUUUAACUUAAAAAUAGGUAUUCUCUUCAUUGUUGGGAAAAUGUUUGUCAUCCUGAUUUGUAUCUUAACACUCCAGGAUGUGCACACUGCUUGUGUUUUGCAAGAUGUUUGCCCAGAGAAAAUAACCGUGCAGGAGGAGAUUGUUGAUGUCCACAAUGCCUUCAGGAGAACAGUUGAUCCACCUGCCAGUAACAUGCUGAUGAUGACCUACAAUUCAGAGUUAGCAGUCACCGCUCAGGCAUGGGUUGAACAGUGUAAUCUCACUCAUGGACCACCCAGCACCCGAAUGUUUAACGGAUAUGAAUUAGGCGAGAAUCUCUUCUAUGCAUCUUCCCAAUUCUCAUGGACUACUGUCAUUACUGCCUGGUACAAUGAAAAGUCACACUAUCAGUAUCCCACUGGAUCCACCAAUGGGCUACCCAUUGGUCAUUACACACAGGUGGUGUGGUACACUUCUUACCAAGUUGGCUGUGGAGUUACUCUGUGCCCCAACAACAUCUACUUCUACGGCUGUCAUUAUUAUCGAGCUGGGAACUUUAACAACUGGCCACCUUACAAUGUAGGAACUCCAUGUUCUUCCUGCCCAAACAACUGUGUGGAAAACCUUUGUACCAAUCCAUGUCCUCAUAUUGACAAGUACCUCAACUGUCCCCAGCUAAAAGCAGUCCGUGGCUGCAGAGACCUGGAGGUGAAUGAGGCGUGUCCUGCUUCAUGCACAUGCACCACUGAGAUUGUUCCAAUACAUUAGAUUGAGAACAAAAGUACUUGAAUUUUUAAACAUUCAGGAUAAGUACUUUAUCAGAAUCUAAUGCCUGAUUCUUGCAUCUGCAAAGUUCAAUAAAGGCGGUAUUCCAAAAUGUG